AACCAGAUAGUUUGUCAGUCGCGCAUCAACUUGGGUAAUGUAAAGAGCGCGAAGUAUAAUUUGAAACAUGUGCACUGCCCUCACGAACCAUUUCUAGCACCGACCAAUUUUUAGAAUGAAAUUUCCCACUUUUAUCAUUUUUUGAACUCUCCUUACCCUCUAAACUAAAUAAAUAAAAAAAAUGUGUCCGUGCGAAUUGUGUGUGUUGUGUUUUUUCGUGUUAUGUGUAUACACAGUGACCGCUUUUAAUGUCGAUAGUUUUAAUUACGCUACGUAUCAAGUGCCCAGUUACGAUGGUCAUGAUUCCAUGUUCGGAUUCAGCAUAGCUUUACAUCGAGAAAGAAACACUGGAUGGUUGAUUGUGGGGGCACCGGAAGCUUCAUCUAGUCAACCUGGGGUUAUUCACGGAGGUGCUGUCUACAAGUGUCCAACGGAUAGAGAUGGGGGCUGCGAGGAAAUACCUUUCGACACUAAAGGCAACAAUCGGGACGCCAGCAACAACCUAAUGGACAACAAAACGGAGCAAUGGUUCGGUGCAACCGUCAGUUCUUCAGGCCGUGCGGAAGGUCCUAUCGUGGCAUGUGCUCCUCGUUACACCUGGUUUCCACGCGGUCGUUCCCGUCGAGAUCCUGUAGGAACUUGCUACGUUUGCAACGGUUUCUUCGAGAAAUUCAACGAAUACUCACCUUGUAGAACAUAUCAAUGGGGAUACCAUCGGCAAGGGUCAUGUCAGGCUGGUUUCAGCGCAGCCAUAAACUCGGUCGGAGACCGCCUUUUCAUCGGUUCGCCGGGCAGUUGGUAUUGGCAAGGACAAAUGUAUUCCGUCGAUGCUCACGCCACGUUUGAAUUUAAACCUACGCUAUUCUCAGCGACCUACGGCGAUGAAGGACAAGUCCACCAACAGAGUCUCGAAACACGUCCGGCCGUUUUCGCCACCACUGAAGGUACCGAAAAAGACGACGACUCCUACAUGGGUUAUUCGACCAUCGUGGGCGAUUUUCUGGGCACUGGGGAAGAAGGUAUCGCUGUGGGUAUGCCCAGAGGAAACAAUCUCAAGGGAAAAGUGCUCCUUUUCACCAUGAAUCUUACCAAUUACGUCCAACACUUCACCAGUGAUCAAAUCGGGUCGUACUAUGGCUACGCCCUCGCAGCGUGUGAUGUCGAUGGUGAUGGUAAACUGGAUUUGAUCGUGGGGGCACCCAUGUACACAGUGCAGAAUAAUAAAGGGAAAUAUGACGUGGGGAGGGUCUAUGUCAUCUACCAUGAAAGCGAUAGGGGUCGUUUCGUGGCCAACUAUGUUAUCGAUGGGUUCAACUCCAAGUCAAGGUUUGGCCAAGCUGUGGCUUCGCUUGGUGAUAUCAAUCAAGACGGUUUUGGAGACUUUGCAGUGGGGGCUCCUUAUGAUGGUGCCGGAAACCGUGGUGCUGUCUACAUUUAUCAUGGCUCAAGCAAAGGCGUCCGCAAGAAGUUCUCGCAAGUUAUUUUCGCAGAAGAUGUGGCUCCGUCUUUAACAACUUUUGGAUUUUCCAUAACUGGAGGAAUGGAUCUUGACAAUAACCAAUAUCCAGACAUGGCUGUUGGUGCUUACGAAUCCAACAAAGCUUUCUUCUUCAGAGCUCGUCCAGUGAUCAGCGUUGAAGCUUCAGUCAAAUUUCUUACACAUAAUAAAUUCAUUGAUAUCACUAGGCCUGAUUAUACGCUUCGAAGUGAUGGUAGUACGGCUACCAAGACCCAAAUUCAGUUCUGUAGCAGGUACUAUGGAAAAGGGAUUCCGAAUUCUUUAAAUUUGGGUGUUGAGUACAUUUUGGACUCAAAGAAAUUGAUCAAUUCGCGGAUGGGUUUCGUGGAUGAUGAAGGCCAAAGUAGGAAAAAUGCUACAAUAACUAUGUUGAAGGGACAAGACAUGAAGUGUACAAAUCCGAUCGACGUUUAUGUGAAGAGCGAAAUUCGCGACAAGCUCACAGCCCUAGUUGUUGAAGCCCGUUACUGGAUGCAAAGCGACCAAGACCUCACACCCUCAAACCUCCAACAACUGCCCCGAAACCCCCGAUCCUUCCUCACCCCAGUCCUCGACCUCAACUCACCCCCAUCCAAGAAAGACUCAAUCAGCAUACAGAAGAACUGCGGUUCGGACAACAUCUGUAUCCCAGAUUUGGUCAUUUCAGUCACUCCGAGCGUCCAGGAGUACUACCUGGAUUCGGGCGAAAACUUCUACUUGAACAUUUCGGUCACAAACAACGGAGAAGACGCAUUUGAAUCAACCGUCGAAGUUAAAUACCCCGACGGAUUUUUCUACAUUUCGAGCCAAGACAUCCAAGUGGUAUCGCACGUGUUGUGCAGUGCCUCUGAAAAUUUCACCAUCAAGUGUGAUAUUGGUAAUCCGGUGCCGUCGAAUAAAGUCGUCAAUUUCAAACUAUUGUGGCAACCGAACUACGCCAAAGAACUACCCUCGAGUCUAUUUUUCGAGGUUUUGGUCAACAGUACCAACGAAGACUUGCCCGAAACUCGCUACAACAACAAGCAAAAGAUUGGAAUUUCAAUUCUCUACGACGUUAUUCAAGAAAUUCGGGGCUGGUCGAUACCUAACGAAGUGUUAUUCACGCCCAGUUCGUCACUUUACGCUGCCGAUAUCUCCAAUCAAACGCAUCGCACUUCGCCUGAAAACCGCCUCUCUGAGGACGUUAUCGGCCCCCAGGUCAUCCACGUUUACGAAUUGAAAAACGGCGGACGAACUACGAUCAAAGCCACCGAAAUAUUUUUCGUUUGGCCGGCGACCACAGCAAGUGGCGAAGAUUUCCUAUACUUGGUCGAUCCCCCCCACUUUUCUUUUACGGAAAAUUUGAACCUCAAAUGUGGCCCAAUCCCCGCCAAUUACCGCGAUUUUGAAGUCCCAACACGGAGAAAAUCAAUCUGGGAACUGUACGACAUUGACGUUUCCACCGACACAACAUCCGAGAAAUACAUGGCGGGGAAAAACCAAACGUACCACAAGAUCGGUUCGACAAUUGGCGGCAAGAUUGUAACAAGCGACGACAAAAUCAACAAAGAGGUGGAAAAAUCGGGCGAUAGUUCCAAAGUUUUCGACGUACGCCACAACAAAACCACUUGGCACAGCUCGUCCCGGGUGCAAAUUUUCGAAGAAACGAACCGUCUGACUGGAAAUUUCCGACGUUUCCGUCUUGGGGGCAAACAAUACGCCUAUCGUUGCCUUCAGUCGGACCAGGAGGUUGAUUGUGGGACCGAUUUCACGUUCUCACGUCUUGACUUAUCCAAGCUGUUGCAAACUUCAAGUGCUGGACCGAAUCGCUACUCUUGCCUCGACCAGGAUUCGUUCGGCAACUGGCGCAAGACCGACUGUGGACACGUCCCCACAAUCCCUGUUAUUCCCACCGUGACGGAAGGCGAAACACGUGUACAAAUUUUCGGGGCGAACGACCAACUGGUCAACCAGUUAGAGAGCCGGAGUUACAAAAAACAGACAAUUGACGGGAAGGAUUUCAUCUAUCGGUGUUUCCGGCGGGCUAACGGGCGGGAAGAGGAGAUCGAUUGCGGGCAAAACUUCUCGUUUUCAAGCAUUGACCUGCCCUGGAUUCUGGAACAGUCGGGAAUACAACAACAAGAAGGGAACGUUCGGUACGCGUGCCUUAAACCCGAUUCUGACGGCAAUCUCCGAAGUACCACAUGCGAUAAUGUUCCCAAAAUUCGUUUCAAGACGCAAAUUAUACGAAAGUUUUGGGGUUCCAAUGACACGCACUACUGGAACGAGACGGGGGUUUACGACCUGAGGGAGAGCUCGACAAUUCGGGUGCAAGUCUUUCAAGGGGAUGACAAUUUAAGGCGACAAUUGCAAAGCUGGUAUCAUCUGCAACACCUCCGAGGGUACAAUUUCAUCUACCGUUGUUUGGACGAAAACGAAGAGGUUGACUGUGGUGACUUUACCCUAGCACAGUUCACCGAUUUUGGGGUUUUGCUCACCACAGGUGUGCAAGGGGAUGGUAAAAUACGGUAUAUCUGUCUCCAAAGUGACAAUUACCACAACGUACGGAGCGUCCCUUGUGGGCAACUUCCCCCAAUUCACUUCAAAACACAAGUGAUUCAAACAUCGUGGAAAUCAAACGGUACUCACUAUUGGAACAAUACGGGAGUCUACCGAGUGUCAAAAAAGUACGACUUUAGCACAGUUCAGGUGUUCCAAGGGGGUAGCGAAAUGGCCGAGCAAUUGGGUGGUGGUACUUACCGUUUUGAAAAAGUGGACGGUCAAGUGUUUAUCUAUCGCUGUUUCAAAAACACGAUUGAGGUUGACUGUGGCCAAUUCAAUUUACUCAGUUUGGAUUUGUUGCAAUUGAUGCGAACCGUUGGGAUUCAACGUGAAGGCAACCUUCGGUACUUUUGUCUGGAAAUGGACAGUUUUGGUAACUGGAGGGGGGCCGACUGUGGCCGUUUGCCCCGAAUUCACUUCACCGAACCCAAAAGAGUGAUCACACAAGAACACAUCUUGAAACGCUGUCUGAAACUUGUUAAUGGCAAUUGGCAAGAGUUGGAUUGUCGUGCCGGUUUUCACUCAAACGAUGGUACCUUUAUUGAAGAGUGUUACCAGACAAUCAACGGUCGAAGAGACAGAAUUAAUUGUACGCAAGUACCACCAGGGAGCACUUUUGACUACGUCCAAACCAACACACGCUACAACCAAGAAAGUGCAAGUACUAGUCAUGGUACUGAUUAUUUCUCUGGUCAUGGGCGCCAAACCUAUCGUCCCUCCUACGGAACGGACUACAACUACAACCAAGGUCAAGCCUUUGGUAACCAAUCCUACAGUUACGAAAACAGCUACGAGACUGAACUCUACGAAGACGAGGAUGAUAAGGCGAUUUCUGGUUAUAUGAACCCGCACGAUGUCGCACCGACCGAACGCCAAUUCGGCCGACGAGACCCGAAGACGUACGGAACGUACGGCGAGGCCAGGAGUGAAGGAGUUGCAGCUGGGGGUCUUGGUGAGGCGGCCCAAGGUCGGGGUUUCACCGCAGUUGCGCUAGAUUUGGGUAAUUUGGGAUCGGGUGAUUCCCAUUCCUCCCAUUGGUCUGAAACCCAUCAUGUGGCACCGGUGCAUAAUACCAUAGGGCGAGAUAAUGUACCAACGGAUGCUCCGAGUCCCAGGAACUGGCACCAUGGGAGGAAAAAACGACAGAUUAUUGGUGAUAGUCAUCCGUCUAUCGCUGGGAUUAAAGAAGAGUUCCCUUGCAAGAAUCUUGGGUGUGUCUAUAUGAGGUGCACUAUUGAGAAUUUGCAACAUGGGAAACCACUGACGAUUGCGCUGAGGGGGCGACUGAACGCAAAAGUGUUGAGAGAUAUGAAACUAGACAACGCUUUGCAAUUUUCGUCCAUGAUGUUGGCCCGCGUGCACAAAGUGCCCCAUCUGGUGUCGCUUAAAGGCAGUAAACCAGUUGUGAAAGAAGUGGAAACUGCUGUCAAAACCCCCGAAGAAAUCAAGUCCGAAACUGUGCCUUUGUGGGUCGUCGUACUGUCAGCGGUCGCUGGCACGAUCAUCCUCCUCCUCAUCAUUUUCCUACUUUAUAAACUCGGUUUCUUCAAACGAAACCGGCCUUCGAGCGCCCCCGAGCGGCAGCCCCUCAACCGCAACGGCUAUCACCAUGGCGACGAAGCUCUGUGAUUCCCCGGUAGCUACAUUACUGCCUAAACCAAAAGACUUCCACUUAACUUAUUGUCCUCGUGUGAAUGUAUAAUUGAAAUGUCCGAAACGCCAUCUGUAUUUACGAAGUCAUAACAGACUAAUUUUAAUUAAUACUUACUAAAACUCUGUUUAGUGCCUUAUUCACUAGUGCCACUUUGCAAACUGUUGCAAGAGAAACUGUUUGUUAUGAUAGGAAUUAAUUUAGUCGUAUCGAACGAUCAAUGUUUGUAUUGUACUUAGUUACAAUUUGUUGUUUUGCCACUAAUUAAUUUAAUUAAAACGAAGAAGAAACGAUUUGUUGCCGUCGAAAUUUGUACAUUGUAAUUUGACCUUGUAAAUAAAACUAUUGAUUAUGUUA